GCUGACAUUCUUUUGGUGAAUCAGUACAGUGGCAUCUACAGAGCUGUCAAGACAGUCAUCUCAAAGCCCACAACAAAGGGACUGGCAAUUCACCAUUGUCUUUAAAGUAGGCAACAACCCACCCUGAGUUUUUUCAUUUGUUACUGGUGUUAAUUAUAAUGGGAACUUAUUCUGGAGUUACCCUGGUUUUGUUCUCAAUCUGGAUUAUGAAAUUCCUUGCUCAAGGCUCUUUCAACGUGAAAGAUCUCACCAUUCAAGAAUGCAGGAUCGCAGGCAUAACCCUAAUUUCUCAUCCAAAAAAACUGAAUUUCUCAGAAGCAGAAAGUGCCUGUAGACAGCUGGGGUUACAGCUGGCAAGCAAAACCCAGGUUGAGAAUGCCCGGAAUCAUGGCUUUGAAACAUGCAGCUUUGGAUGGGUGGCAGAUAAAUGGCUUGUCAUUUCUCGGGUUAUCCCAAAUCCAAAAUGUGGUCAGAACAAAGUUGGAGUAGCAGACUGGAAAGUCCCUCUCAACCGCAAAUUUCAUGGUUUCUGCUUCAAUUCUUCAGAUAUUUGGAUUGAUUCAUGCAUACCAGAAACAGGUACAACCCUGUUAUCUGCAACAGAUCCAGAAGUAAACUCAUCUUCAACAGCUUCAUCUCAGGGCAUCACAGAGAUGCUUACUGCUACUGAGUCACCAAAACCCCAAAUACCUCGGAAGACCUUUCGCAUAAAAUGUGUAACGGAAACCAUUUUACAAACAGUACAGACUACUUUGGAAAGUGAAGAGGAGAUAGCAGUGCCUAAUGGAAACCGAGCUGCCUUUACAAAUGAUAGUGUUGUAUUUGGAGGUGUACCCAUUGCACUCCUUGUACUGGCACUCACCUUCUUUAUGGCAUCGGCUGUUCUUGCAGUCUGCUAUAUCAGAAAGUACAAGAGAACCUGCCCAUUUUCAGACAAGAAGCCCCAAAAAGAAAGGAUUGAAGCUAAAGUCAUCAAAGACGCUAAGUCAAUUGACAGUGCUCCUGAGAAGGAAUCAAAGAAUAAUGGGAAAAAAGCAGAAGAGCCUCAAACCAAGUCGGAGGCCACAGUAAAAUGUGUGGAAGCAGAAGUUUGAAAGGAUAAAUAUAACAGCUAGUUUUACAGAUUUAAAAUGAAGAAUGCAGAAUUAGCAAAACAUUAGCAAGUUUCCCCCAUCUUAAAAAGGGAAUAAUGAUACCUACCUAUCUUUGUAAAGUGCUUGGAGAUCUACUGAUGAAAAAGCACUAUAUAAGAACUAGUGUAUUAUAUUACUGUAAAUACUGGCAAGGUGAAUGCAGAUUUCUUAGUUCAAAUGCUUGUACAAUCAGCAUUCUAUGAUUAUUAAUUACACUUCCUCUUUGGUAUAAAAUGUUCUUUUGCAGAAGCAUGGUAUCUUAUUCACAUUAAUAUUAAAAAUAAAAUAAAACAACCAUCUCACAACUCGACAUUUUCCAUCUUAACAAGAAGUCACUAAGUCUAAGAAUGCCUUGUUGAUUGAGAUACAGUGUAUAAUUGUUUGCAUAAAAUUCAGAUCAACACAUCUAAAAUAAAAUGUAUGUUUCUUUCUA